AUGGUGCUCUCUACUCUGAUUAUGCGGGCCUCGGAUGGCCUGCCUCUGUCGGCCAGCGUGGAUGACGGCCAGGAGAACCUCAGCGAGCAGAAGAAGCAGUGCAAGCUCGUGACCCAGAAGCUGUCUGCCAACUCGGCCGACCGAGCCUCGAUUGAAAGUGGCAACUACGUGAUCCACUAUCUGAUGAAGGACGGAAUCGUUUACUACUGCAUCUCCGAGUCUUCGUACCCCCGCAAACUCGCCUUCAGCUACCUAGACGAGCUGGAUCGGGAGUUCCAAAAGUCCCAUGGCCAGGAGGCUCUCAAGGAGGGGGUGCGACCCUACAAGUUUGUGGAGUUCGACACGUUCAUGCAGAAGACCAAGCGGGUGUACCAGGACACUCGAGCAACCCACAACCUCGACAAGCUCAACACGGAGCUGCAGGACGUGACUCGAGUCAUGACCAAGAACAUUGAGGAUCUGCUGCACCGAGGCCACUCGCUGGAUCACAUGAGCGAUCUUAGCAGCAACCUGCGGACCGAGAGCAAAAAGUACCGACGGGCUGCCCAGCGGAUCAAUUGGGAGGCCAUGAUCCGACAGUACAUUCCCUUCAUUGGAGUGGGUCUCAUUGGUCUGUUUAUGCUGUGGUGGAUGCUCUUUUAA